GAGGGCAGGCCCCGUUUGCACGCACGCACGCACGAUCCAAAGCCGGACCUCUGAGUCCCACUGUUGGCGACUCGAUUCCACGUCGAUCCCGUUCGCGGUUCGAGCCCGGUGCCGGUUGACCAAAGUCUCCCCAAACGUUGUGGCAGAAGUUGUUCCCAAAGUUGUGGCGUCGACACCGACGUUUGCUGUUUCGUGAUUCGCGGGCGCGUAAUUGUUUACCGUAGUGUUUCGUUUGUUAACCGUGUUAAUCGUCGUCGCCAGGCACGAGUAGUAGUUCCCUCAGUGUAACGAGCCAAAGUAGUCGACGGCAACUUUCUAAAUCAAAGGAAAACUAAGCGAAAAAAAGCGAGAGCGAGAAAGGAAGAGAGAGAGAGCGCUCGCGUGCGAAGAAAGAAAAAAGGAAACCCGAAAGUAGUCCUUUUGUGGAAAAGAAAGUCGCCAAGAAAGUGUGCAAUUCUCCUCAAUCACUUAGCAAAUAAUCAAAGGCGAGCGGCGAAAAUUCCAGUUAAAGUUGUUCAAAGUUUAUUUGGUGCAAAAAUACUCCGCGAUCCGUUCCGCGUAGUGCGUUCCGCAAGUGAAGUUAGUAAAGCGCGUAGUUGUUCGAGGCGAAAGUAAGAAAGAAAUCCCGACUCGGCGAGCCGUUCGUUGAGGCGCAGAAAGCAGACCGCCCCGUUCCGGAAGAAAAGGCAAAAAGAAGAGAAAAAAGAAAGCAAAGAAAAAAGGUGUGCCCUUUGCCCGCGCUCGGUUUUGUUCUACGCCGGUUCGUCAGAGAAAGCGAACGGCAACCAGGCACCAUCCCAAACGGAUUCCGGAGCAGGCUGAGGAAAAUAUUUGAGGACACUCCUGUACGACGCUAACGGCCUCAAAAUUUUCCCGUCCACAAUUAAGGAAAUAGCGGCUCCUGUAAACUACUUCCUUACGAAAAAAGUCAUUGUAAGUUCAAAAGCACCACAGGAUCCUAGUAAUGGAUUGCAUGGUGACGAGAACGAAGAAAAUAUUCGUGGGAGGACUAUCCGCGCCUACCACGCUGGAGGACGUCAAAAGCUACUUCGAACAAUUUGGACCGAUUGAAGAUGCGAUGCUGAUGUUUGACAAACAAACCAACCGGCACAGAGGCUUCGGAUUUGUGACAUUUCAGAGCGAAGAUGUAGUAGACAAAGUUUGCGAAAUUCACUUUCACGAAAUCAAUAAUAAAAUGGUCGAAUGUAAAAAAGCGCAGCCCAAAGAAGUGAUGCUUCCAGCGAACCUGGCCAAAACGCGCACCGCUGGACGUGGGACAUACGAUAAUUUUAUGUGGUCGCUGGGGACUUUACCUGAUGGUUUCCCCGCCGCCGCAUACGCCGCGUACGCAGCCGGUCGUGGCUUUUCCGGCUACCCGAGCUUCGGACUACCGUACCCAACAGUUGACAUCACGAACGGACAAUUGACACCAAACAACAACACACCACUGUUGACGCAGGCUCUAUCGGUAAUGAACAACUACCAGGCUGCGGCCGCCGCCGCCGCGCAAGGCUUCGGACCGCCAGCAUCGCCACAUACCACCACCACCCGGACCGCAGCCGGUUUCCCGAACGCCAACUCGCCCGGCCCGACGAUCGACAUGUACAGCUCGAGCGCGGCCGACAGCGUGGGGUACGUUCAAGCCACCAGCCCGCAGCCAUCCGGAUUCCCAGCGAUCGCCGUCAGUCGUGCCCCGCUAAAUUACAGCCCGGGCCAGCUUAUUCCAGCGGCAUUCACCAAUGGCUACCAUUGAAACUAACUAAGCAAUAUUUGAUCACCAUCGCUAGUACUUUGGAGCGGGAGUUUGAGAACGCUAGCACAUUAGAGGAGCUUUCCGCGAGGCAAAGGAAAAUAAGAAUGAAAGGAAAACGCAUACAGUAACGCAGGCAGUGUAAGGAAAGGCAUUAGCAAAGGGUAAACGAAGGGAACCACGGAACAACAAGCACGCAACCAAACAAGCCAGCAACGGGGGACCGACGACGACCGGUGGCGUUUUGGAUGGAGAACCAUUUUAUUUCUUAAAAACAACCCACGAACAACAGAGGACUAGCGGCAGACACUUUUCUACGACAACAGCUAAUGCAUCCAACCUUUCGACGACAAAGUGAACGCGGACGGGGAGAGGGGCUCGUAAGUGUUAAAGUCGGUAUGCUUUUAGCUCGUACUCAAGGAUGUGUGUAUGGUAUGUUUCAUUGAUUUGCCAGGUGAAUGAAGGGAUCGUCAAUUUGAAACCAAACUAUUUCCAAUCGACCAUUGGGUAGAGUUC